UAUUACCCUGUGGUCCCAGAUGAGGAUGAUCAGGAGGAGCAACGGGAGGAGGGGCCUCUGCAGUGUUUCCGCUGUGACCUGGGCUUCUGGGAUGCCUGCUACACCACCAAAACCAACUGCAAUAUCGGGGAGAAGUGCUACACUGGCCGAGGGAAGGCAGGUGAUGUGUUGGAAGUUAAGUUGCUGGGCUGUGUCAAGGCGAAGGAGUGUGAGCUGGUGACCAAUGUGGAGCUCUUCUCCAACACAACCAUCUACAUGAUGACCAGGCACUGCUGCGACACACACUUCUGCAACACCGGACACACACUACCCCUCAACACACUCCUCUCCCUGUCACUGACUACAAUAACCAUGAUCCUCACCUUCAACAGACUACUAUAACCACCAUGCAUCAUAAAGUCCCCAGCAGCAUACAUUUAUUCAAUUUUCUUAAUUCUGUUAAUAUUCUGUGUUUAUUUGUCAAGGAAUAUGGACAGUAAUUAACAUAUGUCUAAUUAACAUAUGUGGAUGUGCCAGAUUGAGGCAAAAGUCUCAUGUUCAACCCUUAGAAGCUGUCUCUGGGCUUGGGAAAAAUUGGUUAGAUGGUUUUAUGGAAUUCAAUUUUGAAUAAAUGUAAUUUUCUCAUUCUGUUGUUGGCAUAAACUAGAAAAGGAGACAGAAAAAAAUCCAAUCAUAUUUAUUGAACAUUCUGAAUUGUAACUGAAUAACAUAAUACAAAUUUACAUUGUCCUCAAUCUUGGUUGGGAUAUUUUAAACACGUCAAAAUUACUUUUAUGUUCUCCUGCAAACCUAAAUAUUUCCAUAGAGAAUACUACAGUAUCUCCCAUUGACUUUAGUGUUAUGGUAAAUCCUAAAGUAGUAUGCAUCAAUCUCUUAGACCCAUAGGCACAGAUCUAGGAUCAUCUUAACCUCUCUAAACCCAUCAGCAUCUUGGGGCAACUUCCUCCUACAGUCAGUGAAGCUGAGGUCAUACUGGUAUACAGUAGUGUUGCUGUUAGACAGACAACAGUAGUGUUGCUGUUAGACAGACAACAGUAGCGUUGCUGUUAGAC